AUGUCUACACCGGCCGCUGCUGCGGCACUGCCCUGGGAGGAGUGGCAUGAGUUCUGGUUCGGGGACUAUUGGAGCGAAGAGGUGACCGUCGACGCGCUCACAGUGGUUGGGAUGGUCAUGGUGAUCUACGGGGUGGAGUACCUUUUGGCGAUCCAGGAGCUCAGGAGCAUCCAUCUGAUCCGACAGCUUGUUGGCCCCGGAAGCAUGCAUGAUGCUAGCGAUGCUAGUGGAGAGUUUGGGGACAGCGGAGAGAGAGAAGCGCCGGAUGUUCUCAGCACCGGCGCAAAAGUACUCUGGCGGCAUGGUGAAGCUUCAGAAAGUUCCACAUUGAAAGUUCCAUUGUUGGCGGAGAGAUGCAGUGAGACCAUGCACAUGAUGCUUGGUGGGCCCAUCGGCGCAGGCUUCGAGGACGUCCCCUUGAGCAAAGCCGUGCCCAAGAUCCUUUCCUGCAUUUCGCCAAAACUGUCUGUGGCUUGGGCCGCUCGAGCCAAACGAGGUGAAGCUAAGCCAGAGUCCCGUGAGGACCGAGGUCCCUUGGAAGACCUUGGAAGUGGGAAGAAAGAUGGAGGAAAGCCCAAUGAAAAGACGGAAAGGAGUGGUUCCUGCAGGGACGCGGAACUCAAGGGCAGCGAGCGCCCGAGCAAUGCUCGGAAAUUGGACGGUGGAGUUUUCAAGAUCGAGUUCAGCGACUCCUGGCGGACCGUGCUCUCCAAUGCACUUCAAGAAGAAGACUGCAGACCUGAGGACUGCAGGGUCUUCAAUCGGCGCGGCGAGCUGAUUCCCUUGUUCUUCGACGGAGACUUCGUCCCGGCUCCGAAAGAGUUCCCGCUCCGAGUGGCUCUGGAGAAGGAUCGCCAAAGUUGGGAUGACACGAGCAAGUUGGACUGGCCCCGCAUAUCGGCAGAGUCUGACGAGGCGAUCUGGACUGCCACGAGCGCAGCAUCGCUCAUAUCGGAAGAGCAAGAAGAAGUUCGGAGAGCAGCAAGCAGCGUGGCUUCAGCGGCAGAGACUGACGACGAGGUGCCUUCUCACCUGCAAGCUGUUGCCAAGAGCCUUCGACAGUGGCUGGCCGAAAUGAAGCUGCAGCACUUGGAAUCUUCGGUCCUGAGAUGGUGUGACGAGAUGGGUGCAUGCUCAGUGAAGGAGGCUUGCAGCCUAAGUCCUGUGGCGUCUGUUUAUGAGAAGCGCGGUUUCUUCAUUGGGCCUGCUACCAAAGGGCUUGCGAGGUGGUCCAAUUGGAAACUUUCGCCUUCACUUUGA